AUGCAGAUAUGUAGAUGGCUUAGUCAACUCCAGUUGAAUCACCUUGCUGCAGCGAUGAAUGGCGACAGUAAUGAAAGUGAGUUUGCGUAUGCACGCUUAAAACUGGAAGUACCGAAUGGUGGCAACAGUGAUAUCCCCCCACGCCACGCUUUAAAUCAAGCGAAGUUGCUUGAACAAUGUUUGGAAAAGCACUACAUAUCAAUCGAAAGCUGCCUCAAAACAGUUCUCGAGGAACCCUGCUGUGAGCCGUUUCGAGUAUUCAAUUAUGAGGUGAGCUAUUUGGGGUGUGAUUGA